GGGUUCUCUGGAAGCGGGCCGGUGGCCGGCGCGGGAGCGGCAGCAUAGGCGGAGGCUCCGGCGCGUCUUUCCGUCCCUCAGCCUGAGCCAGGGGAGGCCAAGCGGCCCGGGUGGCUGGAGGGGGUGCCCGCUGCCCAAGAAUGGGAAUUCUCUUCACCAGGAUCUGGAGACUGUUCAAUCACCAGGAGCACAAAGUUAUCAUUGUUGGGUUGGAUAAUGCAGGGAAAACUACUAUCCUUUACCAGUUUUCAAUGAAUGAAGUUGUCCAUACAUCUCCUACAAUUGGAAGUAACGUAGAAGAGAUAGUGAUUAAUAAUACACGUUUCCUAAUGUGGGAUAUUGGUGGCCAAGAAUCUCUUCGUUCUUCUUGGAACACUUACUAUACUAACACAGAGUUUGUAAUAGUUGUUGUGGACAGUACAGACAGAGAAAGGAUUUCUGUAACUAGAGAAGAACUCUACAAAAUGUUAGCACAUGAGGACCUAAGGAAAGCUGGAUUGCUGAUUUUUGCUAAUAAACAAGAUGUCAAAGAGUGUAUGACUGUAGCAGAAAUCUCCCAGUUUUUGAAGCUAACGUCUAUUAAAGAUCACCAGUGGCAUAUCCAGGCAUGCUGUGCUCUUACUGGCGAAGGUUUAUGCCAAGGACUUGAAUGGAUGAUGUCACGACUUAAGAUCAGAUGAUCUCUGUUGACCUCUUCUCACAGGCUUGUGUAAAUGAAGUGCUGAACUUUACCUGAAAGCUGCAAAAAUUAAUGGUUUAGAUAUAUUUAUAAUAAACUGAUUCAAACAUUUUCUAAGAAGAGAAAUUAAGACCACUUAUUUGAAAACAAAGAUGAAGUCUCACCUUCAAAUUUGCUUUCCCACGUUUUCCUUCCAAAAUUCAUUAAAGCUGUGAUUGACAUUAUUGCAUAAUGAAUCCUCUCAGGACAUUGUAUGGCCUGUGGUAAGUACAAAGGGAGAGGAAGACAUUUGAACAUUAGAGCUUUAUUGUCAGCAUACCCCUCCCAGUUGAAUGUCCCUUUUGUGUUUUAUUCUGUCAAAAUACAAAUCAACAUAAAUAUGAUUUUCAAUUUUUUUUGAAAAGUAUUUUGAUUAAGGUUGUAUAUGUAUUGUAUAUAUGCUUCAAGUUCAAGCUUUGAUAUAUGUUCUAAAACAAACAAAUAAUACAAAAAUUAAUAAUAAUCUUAGUUGUUACCCUGAUGUCUUUAAGUACCGACAUUUGUGUUAUUUCCUUUUGUUUUUUGUAUUGUACUAACCAGCCACCCAUAUCCACAAUCAUUAAACUACUCUUAAAAAAAAAAAAAAAAAAAAAAACAGAAAAAAGCUUGGCAUUAUAUAUGUCUAUUUUUGUUUCUCAGUAACAUGCCUGGAAAUAUAUACUACAACUGAGUAGACUAUCAAAUUCUUGGCUUAAUAUUACUAAUAGGCAGAAUUGGACAGUGAGGAAUUAUCAUUUCUUUUAUUGGUCCUUUUGCUAUCUCAGUUGUUGAAUAAAUUGUUAAUUUGUCAAUCAUAAAUUGUGAUUAAAAUUACCAACUAAUUUCUUCUCUGUUGAAAGCUAUGAUGUCAAACAUAUCUACCCAAAGAACUAACAUUUUAUAAAUAUUACUAGUUUAGCUGCAGUCUAAGUAUUAAUUAUGACAAACAGCCAAAGUGAAUUUUAAGAGUGUAAGUAAGACAUAUUUUCCAAGCAGCAUUGAUAAUUCCUUAAUUUGAAGCUUUCUCAUUGUGGGAGUUGGAUUAAUUUGAGAUUUUUUUGUUUCUUGUGUCUUCUUCCACUACAUAAAUACAUUAACAGUUAUAAAAGACAAAUGCUUUUAAGAAUUUUACUGAAAAGUUGAUUGAAAUGUUACUUUACUUACAGUAAGAAAUAAUUUGACCUCCCACAUAGUUUUAAUGUUUGGGGUUUGGUAUUUUUUUUAAGCUAUCUGAAAGUUAAAAGCUUUCUCCAUCAUAAGCAAAAGUAUCUUGUGUUAAAAUAUGUUUUUGGGGACUCUGCAUAUCUAAUAAAUUUGAAGAUUAGUUUAAACUGGCAAAUUUUAGUAUAGUCCAAGAAAGAAAUAAUUACUUUUGAUAUCAGCCUUUUAAAUUUCAUGAUUUUGUUAAGCAGUAGUAUUGAUGAAACUUUGAAGAUUCUGUCAACAGAAUAUAAAAUAGUCAGUAUCCAAAUCUGAGUUCAGCAUGUGAAAUCAAUGUUAAUAAUAGGUGUUUUGUGUUUUAUAUUUGUGUUAGAAUGCUCAAUAUGCACAUACAUUUAAUGUUUGUUCACACACUUUUAAUCCUAAAUUACUAAACUUUAUAGUACUAAGCUUCAUAUAUCUUUACACUUUUACAAAUCAUUAUAGGGAAUUACUUCUUGAAUAUUAAAAAUUCCUUAAAAUCUCCAAUAUGUCUUAUAGUUUUAACAGAGACAAAUAUUCUAUAAAAUAGCUCCCCCAAUCUACAUCAUUUUUUCCUUUUUAUUUUUUAAUUUGAAUAAUUGUUUCUUAGUCUCUUGACUUGCUGUCAUAUUAAUCCAGCACAUACCAGCACAUUCCAUUGUUGUCAAGGUAUUGGCUAACAUUUAUUCUUAAUUGGAUGUUUAAAGCAUGUACUACAUUGUUACGGUUGGCUUAGUAUAUAGUCAGUUACUGACAUGACAUUAUGAGAAUGCAUGAAAUUUUUACUGCAUUUAUAAAACAUGAUUAUUUUGGUUUUCUACCCUCUUAAGAGUAGGCAUCAAAAAGUAAGAUAACUUUGUUGUACAUAAAACCAAAAAAUACAACUGGGGAAAAAAGGUGAAAUGUAUGACAGUAUCAAAACUUUUAACAGUAUUAUUCUAAGUAAGUAAAAUGGAGAACCUCAUGAGCAGCAAUUUAUAUGUCAUUUGAAUGGAAUUAUACAGAGGGCAGUGCAUUUGGAUUUUUAAUAUGCUAUUCCGGCUAUAAACAAACAUCUCAUAUAGGAUCAUUGUGUUUAAUGUUGAAAAGAACAGAUUUAUACCUCUGUACAUGUGGAUAGAUUUUAAUAUCCUGUUUUGAUAAAAAUUUGAAUGUCAUACAGAUUGUCUUGAUAUCUUGGUAAAAGUGGCCAUAUGCUAAAGCAUUAAAUAUAUUUGAUUUUUUCA